AUGUCCCCGAUAUCGGGACUCAACCGGAUCUCCCAUUCCAAUCCUCGAAUCCUGAGAACUUGCCACCGGUCUCUCCAUUUCUCAUCCAUAAGACAUUAUCGAAAUGCACAAUUCAGACGCUCUGAUUAUGAUGGGCAAGGUUGGACUUCAUCAUAUGAGCCAGGAGCUCCAACAAAAGGUCCCCUAUCUCAAGCUUCUAAACACGGGGUUCCAAGUCUUACUCCUUUGUCAUUGAAGAAUCAUUUGGAUAAAUUCGUUGUUGGACAAGAUAGGGCCAAAAAAGUCACAUGUGUGGCCAUUUAUAAUCAUUAUCAGAGGGUUCGAGAGUUGAGAAGACAGGAAGCCGAGGAACAGGAAAGGAGGGAUCAGUAUAGUAGGAGGCAUCUAUAUGAACGGGAGCGUAAUAGUCAUCCCGUUGACAAUGAAUACGUGGGUCACGCCAUUCAAACAGCCGACCUGAAUGCUUCGUACCGUGAACGCGAGUAUGAAGAAGAACCCGAGCUAGGUUCCAGACCACUAGAAGACCCUUCUCAAAACCGUAUUAUCAUUGAGAAAUCAAAUCUCAUGUUAUUAGGACCGUCCGGUGUCGGGAAAACCUACAUACUACAGACUCUCGCCCGUGUUCUCGAAGUGCCCUUUGCAACAGUCGAUUGUUCUUCCCUAACCCAGGCUGGCUACAUUGGAACUGAUAUUGAAUCAUCUAUUGAACGUUUACUCUUAGCUUCAUCCAAUUCCAUCCAAAAGUGUGAAACGGGCAUAAUAUUUUUCGAUGAAAUCGACAAAUUAGCCAAACCGGCUGUUAUGACCCAUGGCCGUGACGUGUCAGGCGAAGGUGUCCAACAGGGUCUUCUCAAAAUGAUUGAAGGAACCACUGUCACUGUGAACACUAAAUCUGAUAAAAACGCUUCCAACUCAAACCGAAGCAUGGAUCGUGGAAGCCGAGAAUCAAGCCCCCCUGCUAGAAGCGAACAAUAUACGAUUGACACCUCAAAUAUCCUCUUCGUAUUCGCCGGCGCCUUUAUCGGGCUCGAGAAAAUAAUUUCGCAAAGACUUUCAACCGGUUCAUCCAUUGGGUUUAAUUCUUCUCUCUCCUCUUCAUCUUCGUCCUUCUUUUCCUCCAACCCAUCAAAAGAAAAACAAAAGGAUAUCCUUGUCCAUGCCACCCCCACCGACCUUCAAGCCUAUGGCCUCAUACCUGAACUUCUUGGCCGAAUUCCAAUAACCACGUCGCUCUCCCCUCUUUCCCUUCCCCAACUAGUAUCCAUCCUCACCGAGCCCCGCAAUUCUUUGGUUAAACAGUAUACAGCACUAUUCGAAACCUACGGUUCCCACGGUAUAAUUCUUCAAUUUACCAAAUUAGCACUAGAAGCCAUUGCUUCUCGAGCUCUCUACGGCUCAUCUUCUCCUUCGUCUAAAGAAAACAAAGGUAAAGGAGAAAAAGGAACAGGCAUCGGAGCAAGAGGUCUGCGUUCCAUUAUGGAAAGUGUCUUGCAGGAAAUCAUGUUUAUAGGCCCCUCAUCACCUAACAUCCGUUAUGUCCUUGUGGACGAAGCAUUUGUCAAGGGACUCGAAUCUACAUCUACAUCCCCGAGUAUAGAAAACGAAGGAAUAGAUGGAACGGGUGAAACACGUCUCCCCCGCUGCUUUCCACGCAAUCAGAGAAAUAUUUUCGAAGAAGCAAUCGAGCUUGAAGAAGAGCUAUGGAAACAGCGGAAUGGAAUUUCAGAGAAGCAGAAAGAUGGAGAGGGGAAAGGAGGAGAUGGUGAUGGUGACAAGUCCAUGGACAGUUUCCAGGAAUAUAGGGUUGUUGUUGAGGGCGGGAUGUGA